CCCCCGCCACCCGCAUAGUUUUUUCAAUGUUUUGUCGGCUUUCACGCCAUUUUUUUGUGUAAAAGAAAAUUUAUAUAAAUUUUUUGUGUUUAAAAGAAGUUGUGGUUGUGUAUGUGUUUUGUGAGUGGUACAUUCUGGAAGUUGUUGCAUAUUGCCAUGUCUGAGGGUGAGAAUAAGAAGUUGGGGGACUUACGAGUAAUAGAUCUGAAAGCCGAAUUAGAAAAAAGGGGUCUUGAUAGAAAUGGCGUCAAGCAGGUUUUGGUUCAGAGAUUGAAAGAGGCGUUAGAACAAGAGGGACAUGAUCCUGAGACAUAUAUAUUCGACUCACCAGACAAUAAAAAAAGAACUUUGAUUCAAGUUGCUGAGGAAAGUGAAGAAAAAUUAGAUGAGUCUGUUGAUGAUCAAACAGAGCCUGUUGAAGAAGAAAUAAAAACACUGAAUGGGAAGGAAAGCGAAGCACAAAUUAAAAAUAAAAAUAGUGAAUUGGAUGAUACAGAAAAUAUUUCUAAAAAGGAUGAAGAACCCCUUAAUGAUAAUGUAAAGGCUCAAAUUAAGGAAGAAAAGGGAGAUGAAGAAGACACUGUCAAAACUGACAUACCGAAAGUUCCUGCAGCACCUGUUAUAUCAGAGGAGGAUGAUGGCCAUGAAUCACCUAUUCGGCUUACUUUAGAUGAUGAUGAGACUUUACAUGAUGUUGAGAAUGAAUCUACUGACAAAGUCCGGGAUGAAGAUACAAAUGAUAAAAAGAAGAAUGAAGAUCAAGAACGUUCGAAGAGUGAGGAUUCUCAACAGGAGGAGAGAGGAGAUGAUUAUAGGCGAUCAUCAGGAGACAAACUUCAAAAGAAAGUUAGCGGAAAAUCGAAUCCAAAUGUCGUUUGGAUCUCCAAUGUGGCCCAGAGAACACGUGCAAGCGAAUUGAAGUCUGCCCUAUCCCCUUGUGGUAAAGUAAUGGGAGCCAAGGUGGUGGUAAACGCUCGUUAUCCAGGCUCUAGUUGUUUCGGUUACGUCACUAUGGGUUCUAUCGAGGACGUAGAGAAUGUUAUCAGCAAAUUAAACAACACAGAAUUAAAUGGGCAGAUAAUAAAAAUUGAGAAGUUUGAUCAGGUACGCGCUGAUCAAAUGAGGCAAAUGAAAGACUCCAAGUCUUCUCCCAGUUCUAAAUCUAAAUCAGACACAGAAAAGAAAGAAAUUAAGAAGAGCGACAGUGCAGAGAAAGAAGCGGGCGAGAAGAAUGGCGAAGAAAAGGAUGAUGACAAGCACAGUAAAGAUGGCAAAAGUGGCUCACGCGAAAGAAGGGACUCCAAGGAGAGGAAGAGGUCCAGAGAAGGACCUCAUAGAACAGAUGAUAAGCAUAGAGGUCGAGACAGAGAUCGCAGAAGUAGAUCAGGAGAUCGGAGGUUCUCCGGAGGAAAACCCAGGGGUGUCUUGACUUUUGCCAGAAUUAAGCAGGAAAGAGAAAGACAGAAGAUGCGCGAGCGAGAACGGAUUUUAAGAGAAGAAUCAAGGCGGCGUCACGAGGAGAGCCUGAGGCAGAGGGAUAUCGAGAGACGUCAACGUCAAGAAGCCGCUAGAUUAGAGAGAGAAAAACAGAAGCUUAGAUUAGAAAAAGAGAAGAUCGCAAGGGAAAAGGCCGAAUUGUUGAGGUUGGAACGCGAACAUCAGCGCCUCGAACGCGAGAAAAUUGCAAGGGAAAAAAUGGAGUUGGAAAGAACUUUAAUAAGAUUAGAGGAGGAUCGAAGAGCGGUGAAACGUGCUCCAUUCAGAGUCGAAGACCGUUUUGAUGAUAGAAAAAGACCAGCGGCUGAUGGCGAUCGUCAUAAACUCGCUAAAAUAGACGGGGAGAGGUCGUAUAUCAGGAUGGAAGAGGAUCGAAGACCUGGGAAAAGGCCGGUGCCUUACAGAGGCGACGAUCGCUAUGAUGACCGAAAAAGACCAACACCUUCAGAUAGACAUUUCGAUGCUCCACCACCACCGAGAUUCGAUAGUUCAAAUAAAACUCGCGAGCUGAGUCCGAAAAAAUUCCCUGGAGCUUCUAAAGAUUCAUUUGGUAAAGGCAGAUCAGGAGGAUAUGAACCCAAACAUGACAAUUCUUAUGGUGAUAAGAGGGGGAGAGAUUAUAACGACGCAGCAGGGUUUGACAGGAGGGCAAAUAACUGGAACGCGCAAUCGUCGAAAUUUGUAGGUAAUGCACCAAAACCGUGGGAGAAACAAGACUGGAGACCAGCCAGUUCUGACAGGUGGAAUCCAAACAAUCAAGGAGCUGCAAGUGGGGGUAGACCUUUUUCCAAUAAUUCUAAUAUGGGAAUAGUACCAAUAUGUCCACCACCUCCGGGAAUUAAUACCUACAAUGAUGGGAGGUUUGAGUAUGGGAAAAAUAUGGGCUCAUCCAGGAAAUAUUAAGCAAAAAAAAGAUGUCUUUUUAGUGUUGCACAAGGAGACAUUAGGUACAUACAGGGGGUUCUGCAUCCACAGAUCCGUGUGUUUGUAUGAAAAAGAUGUUACAUAGUACAUGAUGGAUUUUAGUUAAAAUAAUUUUAACGUUCUAGUUCAAAUUAUUAAUGUAGGUUAUAUUUGUGUUUUUUUUGGAUAAUAAAGUACAACCAUUAACAAUAUAUUCCUGGCAGUUAGGAAUAUUAUAUUUUGUAACUAUUUAGACAGUUGAAAUUUUUUUAUCUUUAAUCCUACGUAUUGCUCAGUGCACUUGAGACAAAUAUUUAAUUUUUUUCCAAUAAAAUCAACUAUUAAAUAUUUGAGUUUAUAUUUGCAAUCUAUGAUUUUUGCAUGGUAAAUUUUAUAUUUUAAUAUUCAACAUUAUUAGCUACCAUAAGUAUACUAAUAAAGAUAUAUGUGACU